AUGAUUAAAAAUCGCAAUUCUUGGUUGGAUAGCCUCUCUCCGACACCACCAGGAGUAUUUGCCGCUUUGAAGAGGGACGGUAAUCCUGCUACUGAUUCCCUCAGAGCUAUUUUACUACUUGUCUUAUUUUCUGCAACAUUUUUUUCUUGUUUAGGAGCAACAGUUUUACGAGGUGAUUGGGCCAGAGGUCCUAUUGUUUCAUAUUUAUCAUGUGUAGGAGGAGGAGUUUUUCUAGCCACGUGCCUUUUAGAUUUACUUCCGGAAGGAUUAGAAUCGUUCGAGAAAGCCGGAAUAGAAAUGGAGUUCCCUAUCGCUGAAGCUGCUAUCGUAGCGGGUUUUUUAAUGGUUUUAACAAUAGAACAGAUUGUGGUUGCUGCUCAAGAGAAAGGAUGGUUGAGUGGUGGUCACCUGCAUGAUCAUCAUCAUGAUACUGAAUCAUUGGUAACGAGUGAUCCUGAAGAUGAAGCUCCAAAAGAGAACGUUGUGGGCUCCAUCCUCUUGGUUUUCGCUAUAUCUUUACACGCGUUGUUUGAAGGAUUAUCGGUAGCGGUUAUCACAGAAGCUCCUAAGCUUCUACAGAUUGCUGCUGCUCUUUUUCUACACAAAGUUAUCAUUGGUUUCAGUGUAGGUGUACGUUUAGUAGAGAGUAAUAUGCGUACUAUCCAUAUUGCUAUAUGUGCUUUUUGUUUGAGUGUACAGGUUUUAAUUGGUGGUUUCGGAGGAAUAGGAUUAAUGGAUGUUAUUUCUGGAGGCAACAAGUCAACCGCUGCUCUUGUGGCCUGCAUUCUACAAGGUGUUGCUUGCGGAACUUUCUUAUAUAUUACCACGUUUGAGGUACUUCCUCACGAAAUUUCGAAACCAGGGAAACGACUUGCCAAAUUGUGUUUUAUCUACAUAGGAGUUUUUGUCGUUAUAUCAUUUAUGGCUAUUUUUGGUGAUGUUUGA